UCUGACAUGUUCUGAUGGCGGUGAAAACAUCUGCCCUGUGAUGGUCGCUGCUCUCAUGAUUCUGUUUGAACUGAUGUGAAAUUAAAACUGUGGUAGAACAUUCAUUCUUUCAUCAGCAGGAAGUUCAGGCUUCUUCUUCACCACCAACAUGUUGUACACUCAUAAUGACAUUAUCAUGCCACAUUACAUGAGGUGUAAAACCCACAUGAAACACACAUGUGACGUCAUGCCAGAAGAACCAGGAACACUUUUUCACUGCUGAAAAACUAUAUAAUGUACAGGCAGCACAGUUGUGCAGUGGUUAGCACCGUCACCUCACGGGUUUGAACCCCAGGGUGAGCGAGCCCUUCUGUGUGGAGUCUGCAUGUUCUCCCCGUGUCAGCGUGGGUUUCCUCCAGGUGCUCUGACAUGUUGUCCCCGUGUCAGUGUGGGUUUCCUCCAGGUGCUCCGACAUGUUCUUCGCGUGUCAGCUUGGGUUUCCUCCGGGUGCUGCGACAUGUUCUCCCUGUGUCAGCGUGGGUUUCCUCCAGGUGCUCCCUCAUGUUCUCCCCGUGUCAGCGUGGGUUUCCUCCAGGUGCUCCGACAUGUUCUUCGCGUGUCAGCAUGGGUUUCCUCCGGGUGCUGCGACAUGUUCUCCCUGUGUCAGCGUGGGUUUCCUCCAGGUGCUCCCUCAUGUUCUCCCCGUGUCAGCGUGGGUUUCCUCCAAGUGCUCCAGCUUCCCCCCACAGUCCAAAGACAUGCAGGUUAAUUGGUGACUCUAAAUUGUCCGUAGCUGACAAUGUGCGUGUGGUUGUCUGUCUCUUUGUGUCAUUCAUGUGAUAGUCAAGACAUUUAAAAUAAAAUUCAUUAUUCACUCAAACAAACUUUAGCUCAGGUUGUGCAGAUACUCCAGGAAAUGACAUCACAAAGAAAACCCCCAGUGUAGACACUGAGGACUGUUUCUACUGCAUAGAGUGUAAAGGGUUAAUGAAAUGUCCUAAUAACAUACAUUAACCAUUUUUUUCUCUGUGUUUUAGUGAGGCUGUAGUGUGUGUGUGUGUGUGUGUGUGUGUGUGUGAGUAAGAGGAUGAGCGGUGGUAAAAAGAGGAGUGGCUUCCAGAUCACCAGUGUGACCUCAGACAUCAACCAGACUCUGGCUGGCCAAUCAGCUCCCAGUGUGGUCCUGACCGUCGUCCAAUCAGCAGCCUCCUCCUCCUGCAGCGCUCAGGGAAGCUCCUCCCAGCCGACCACGCCCUCUCUGAAGAGGAAAUACAUCUCCCACGAUGCCUCAGGGCAGGGAGCGGGGUCUUCCUCCAGGUUCAGGGUGGUGAGGCUGGCGGUGGGCGGGGCCGGCAGCGGUGGACGGGGCGAGCCAUACCACCGCGGACGAUGGACGUGCACGGACUUUGUGGAGCGUCAUGAAGGGGCAGUAUUCAAGCGGGUGAUGGACACCAUGAGACAUGCCCACUCGCUGGAGUCCCUGGAGAUGAUUGGUCGGGACAUAGACAGAGGUGCAGUCCACUCUCAGGACACCGCCCACUUGCUGGCUCAGCCAAUCCGUGGCAAGGAGGGGGCGGGGCUUGUGCUGCACAGCGGGCCGCCUUCUCCGACACACCAAGAGCCAAUCAACAUCCGGCUCCUGGACCUCAAGGACCCAAUGGGAGCUCAGGGUUUUGAAUCCACCCUUCCACCUCCUUCGCCCCGCCCACGAAUCGUCCCUCCACCUCUACGAUUGGACGUCGAUUCUGCAGGACGGUCUGUCCUCAGGCUGUCCCACUCUCAGCCCAGCUCCCCCCCUGCUGGACCGUACCAUCCCACUCUGACCCCCAUUCAAACUCCAGCAGCCUUCAGUCUGGACGAAACCAUCUUCAGCCUGUCGGGGGAUGACAGUUCCAGUAACAGUCUGAUUGCCAUCGACAACAAAAUCGAGCAAGCCAUGGACCUGGUAAAGAGUCACCUGAUGCUGGCGGUCAGAGAGGAGGUGGAGCUUCUGAGGGAGCAAAUCAGAGAGCUGCAAGACAGGAACCAACAACUGGAGAGGGAGAACCACAUCUUGAGAACACUCACACACAAUAUACACAACACAUAACAUACACCGCAUCAUGAGAACACACACACAGUAUACACAACACAUAACACACACCACAUCCUGAGAACACACACACACAAUAUACACAACACAUAACAUACACCACAUCCUGAGAACACACACACAAUAUACACAACACAUAACAUACACCACAUCCUGAGAACACACACACAAUAUACACAACACAUAACAUACACCACAUCCUGAGAACACACACACAAUAUACACAACACAUAACAUACACCACAUCCUGAGAACACACACACACAAUAUACACAACACAUAACAUACACCACAUCCUGAGAACACACACACACAAUAUACACAACACAUAACAUACACCACAU